AUGUCACGGUACAAGCCCCUGCGGGAAAAGAGAGCUGGCAAGAAGAAGGGUGCAGCUCCCGGAGGAGAGAGCAGGGGAAUUCAGUCCAUGUUCGCGGCGCUCUGCUCAAAAAAGAGAACCCAGAAAUCUCCUGCGUCUUCCCAGAAGGGGUUGCUAUCGACGAAAUCGAGUCCGCGGCGAGAAACCUCGACAAUCCAGCAACACGGACCAGGAGACAAACCGCAAUCCGAGAAGCCAGCGUGGGCACGUUCAAGUGCGGAGGAACCGUCGCACUCCCGCUAUGACUAUCAAUUCCUUGAUGUCGCCGACUAUCAAGAGGCCAGUGAACGUGAACGCACGCCACAUUUCGUUCAAAAUCUCGGUGAGGCUGAAUACGCAGUGGCGCUAUACCAGUACAUGCACCUCCUUGGAUACCCACCGAACAGCAUCUCGAUCCUCGCCACCUACGCUGGCCAAAGAGCGUUGGUCCGUGACCUUCUGGAGCACAGGUGCAAAAACAACGCACUUGUCGGAAUGCCGAAGAUCGUGACUACGGUCAAUAAGAACCAAGGUGAGCAGAAUGACAACGCCAUUUUGAGCAUGACAAGGACGCGGACGCUGGGUUACCUCCGAGAGAUCAGGGGGUCAACGGUCACCCUGUCGCGUGCAAGGCUCGGAUUGUAUAUUCUCGGCCGAAAAGAGCUCUUUGCAAGUUGCCUUGUGAGAUGA